UCCCUUCAUCAGGCCUUUCAUCUCGUUCUCCCCGACGUAAAGGAGCGGGAUCCCGAAGGAGCAUUUUUAUCGCCUUCCAUCCUUCGCCUGAGUGCUUGUAGACCGCCCUCGUCCUCCACAAGACCUUCAGGAUGCCUCCCAAGUUCGAUCCUACGGAGAUUAAGACCGUGUGUCUGAGGUGUGUGGGCGGUGAGAUGGCCGCCACCUCCUCCCUGGCCCCCAAGAUCGGUCCCCUGGGUCUGUCCCCGAAGAAGGUCGGUGACGACAUCAUGAAGGCCACCGGGGACUGGAAGGGCCUCAAGGUCACUGUCAAGCUCAUCAUCCAGAACCGUCAGGCCCGCGUGGAGGUGGUGCCCUCGGCCGCCUCCCUGGUCAUCAAGGCCCUCAAGGAGCCCCCACGUGACCGCAAGAAGGUCAAGCACAUCAAGCACAGCGGCAACUUGAGCUUGGACCAGAUGAUCGAGAUUGCCCGCACCAUGCGCUCCCGCUCCCAGGCACGCCAACUGAGCGGCACCCUGAAGGAGGUCCUCGGAACAGCCCAGAGUAUUGGGUGCACCGUGGAAGGCCAGAACCCCCAUGAAGUGAUCGAGGCCAUUGACGAGGGCACGAUAGAGGUUCCCGAAGAGUAAUCUAACCCCACACGACCUCGGCUUCCGCACGACACAUCCGCAACAUUCCAAGCCCGACAUGAUCCAGCGAGGAGGGAUUUACCGGGAACAUUCCAAUGAUAUUCCUCUGUACGGAGAUUCUGGGAACAAUGUUGUCGAAAGCUGAA